CUUACCCCCUUCUUCCUCCACCCGCGCCAACGCCGCCAACGCCACGCAAUGCCGCUCGCUCCUCUCUCGCUGGAACCCGCCCCCUUCCCCCUCCUCCGCCCCGCCGCCGGCUGCGGCGGCGGCCGCGUCCUCCCGGGGCCCGCGCCGCGCCUGUGCCGGCCGCUGAGGGCGGCUCCCGUGGUGCCCGCCACCGCGGAAGAGCCGUCGUCCGAGGCCGCGCGGGGCCGCCUGGAGUCGCUGAGCCAGGUGGCGGCGGUGCUGGGCACGCAGUGGGGCGACGAGGGCAAGGGGAAGCUCGUCGACAUCCUCGCGCAGCGCUUCGACGUCGUUGCUCGGUGCCAGGGUGGAGCUAACGCUGGACAUACCAUAUACAAUUCUGAAGGGAAGAAGUUUUCACUUCAUCUUGUUCCGUCAGGCAUCCUUAAUGAGAACACACAGUGUGUAAUCGGUAAUGGAGCAGUCGUUCAUCUUCCUGGAUUCUUUAAAGAAAUUGAUGGGCUAGAGUCUAAUGGAAUUUCUUGCGAAGGAAGACUUUUGGUAUCAGACCGUGCUCAUCUUUUGUUUGAUCUUCAUCAAAUUGUUGAUGGACUUAGAGAGGCAGAGCUUGGGAAUUCCCUUAUAGGGACAACAAGGAGAGGAAUUGGACCAUGCUAUUCAAGCAAAGUUAUCAGGAAUGGACUCAGAGUUAGUGAUCUGCGACAUAUGGAUACCUUUGGUGCAAAACUCAACACCCUACUAAGAGAUGCAGCUAUGCGCUUUAAAGAUUUUGAAUAUGAUAACAAGAUUCUCAAAGAGGAGGUUGAGAAGUAUAAAAAGUUUGCUGAACGAUUGGAACCUUUUAUUACUGAUACCGUGCAUUUCAUGAAUGAGUCGAUCUUGCAGAAGAAGAAAAUAUUGGUUGAAGGUGGUCAAGCUACCAUGUUAGACAUAGACUUUGGUACCUACCCAUUUGUUACUUCAUCAAGUCCCUCAGCUGGUGGAAUUUGCACUGGGCUUGGUAUUGCUCCCAGAAGUCUCGGCGAUAUCAUUGGAGUGGUAAAAGCAUACACAACUAGGGUUGGAUCUGGUCCUUUCCCAACAGAACUAUUGGGUAAGACUGGCGACCUGCUCCGUGCAUCUGGAAUAGAAUUUGGGACCACAACAGGUCGGCCCAGGCGUUGUGGCUGGCUUGACAUAGUUGCACUGAAAUACUGUUGCCAAAUCAAUGGCUUCUCAUCUUUGAAUCUCACAAAACUAGAUGUCUUAACCGGACUCAAGGAAAUUAAGCUGGGUAUCUCAUACUUCACUGAUGACGGUAACAUGGUCCAAUCAUUCCCCGCAGACCUUGCUCUUUUGGAGCAAAUAAAGGUCAAAUACGAGGCCCUACCUGGAUGGGAGGAAGACAUUUCCUCAGUACGAGAUUACAAUGAUCUCCCAGAAGCUGCUCGUCACUAUGUGGAGAGGAUAGAGGAACUGGUCGGCAUUCCAGUACAUUACAUUGGCGUCGGCCCUGGACGUGAUGCCCUCAUAUACAAAUAAAAUUUUCUUUCAGAGAUAUUUCAUUUAGUUCAAUAAUGUAAGAGGAUUGCUUUGGUUACUAAUAAAACAUGCUGAUUGGAGGGUGCAGAAUUCAGCACCCUUUGCGAAAUGAGUUCAAAUGAGCUUUCAGGAA